AUGUCCAGCACUUUAGAUGAAGAUCUCACCAAUAGCAGAUUGGUCAAGUACAACGAUAUCCAACCUGAUGUCAUGAAAUAUUUGUACAACGUGAUAUCGCCACACUAUCCCAACUUGUUUGCCAAGUACUCAACAAAGACUCAAUCUUUUGAAUCUUUGAAUAUCAUAGACCUACUACAUGAUGGAGAAGUAUUGUGUCGCUUGGGCCAAAUGGUAAAAUUGCCAUCCGAUACCAAGAACCCCACCACCAAGUUCAAGUCAUCACAGAUGGCAUUUAUUCAAAUGGAAAAUAUAUCGUGGUUUCUACAAUUGUGCGAGUUACUCAAGUUGCCCCACGAUGAGAUAUUUCAAACGGUGGACUUGUACGAAGGGAAAGAUCCGUAUCAAGUUUGUAUUACGUUGAUGUCGUUUUCGCGUAUUGUCAAUACAUUGGACCCUGAGGUUUUCGGCGAGGUUAUUGGGCCAAAGAAGGUUAAGGUCAAACCGACCGUACCCAACAAGCCAAGAAGUUUGAGAAAAUAG